AUGAGAGGGGCUCGAGCGGUGAAAGGGUUGAUUGAUGCUGACUCGACUGCUUUUAUCGUCACUUAUACGAUAUUGAAAGUGACCAUCACCGUUGGAAUCAAAACAUUUUCUACAGAUGUUGGAUUACGCUGUGCAAUCGGCAGGAGUGACUUCACUCACCAUCAAAUUACAAAACUUCAUCUAAUUUCUGCUACAUUCUGCUACAAAAAUCUUCCUAUCACAGGUAAACACAACAGCGAUGACCAAGUAACCUGGAAACGCAAGGUACAUCGACACGCGUGCUCAAAUAAAAGGAGCUGUACCGCUAAGGAAUGGGAGGAGAAAGAGGACGAAGGAGAACACGGCCUUGCCUGCAUUCAGCUGUGUCAUCCGCGAGCCGUUAACGCUCAGGUGCUUUCGAACUCAGGGACGAGCAUCAAUCACUAUCGGUAG